CUCUUCAGUCUGCUGGUUUGAGUCGCUAAGUUUGUUUACAGAUCAUAUUUCUCAAGAAUAACUUAAAUUCAGUAAAUAACAAAGACUACAGAACAACAAAACGAAUUCGAAAAUAACUGACAAUAUUCGAAAAUCAAACAGAACACGAUCAUGAUGGGAUUUAUAGUGUUUUUUAGUGUUCUUCGCCGUCAAAUGUAGUGAUAUAAGUGGUGAAAUACGGCGGGUGACCCGAAAAUGGUGACUCUGAUGCCUUGCAACUAUUUGAACGCUUCAAAUUCGAGGUGUGCCAUGAUUGAUAAGAUGUGUGAGCCCAAGGUCAAACGGGCAAGAACGGAUACUUCAGAUGUGUCUGACAGAGAACGGUUAACAGAAGGGGGUCCUAUGUCGCCACAAAGUGGUCACUCAUCUAGUUCCUGCGGUUCGCCACCAACAGCAGCCCAUCUCAACGGAAGCGGUAUUGUCAGCUCCUCGGAUUCCCUCGCAAGUGGACCACCGUGUCUAGCUAACUUCGCAGCGGUUGCGACCGCCGGAUGGCCUUUAUUAGAUACCCAAGGUGUGAAGAGCGAAAUCAAAUCGCCAGGCCUGAGUGAUAGCGAUGUGGCCGCAGCACUGACGGCCGCGCACCAGGAGGCGGCGAGCGUCGGGGCGCCAUUCUAUGGGGCGUCGCCCGCCGACAUAGGAGCCGCCGCCUACGACAAAGACUACCCGCAGGCCUAUGCGCAAGCUCAUCAGUAUUACAAUAGCAUGCACCAAGCAUACAGCUCAUCCAGCUCUGCUGCAGCUUCCUACAUCAGCCCGUCUUCAUCGAGCCCCUUUUAUAGCACUUCGUCGUACCCUUAUUCGCCCCUAGGCCCCACAAGGGCCUCCUGUAAGGCAUCCGGCUAUAUAGCAGCGCCUUAUGCCUCACCAGCUAGUGCGUUUGGAAGUGCAGGAGCGCAGACCAGUCAAUACUCCCCUUACGGUACUUAUGGAGCUAGCACUGGGAGCACUACCGGAUUUGCGCAGGGUUUUACACAGGGAGUGGAAUACGGACCUUACAGCACAAGUUAUGCUGAUUCACAAGCUAGUCAAUACGCAGGGACUUAUUAUGCCGCACAAUCUUACUCUCCUUAUGUUAGUUCUCCUAGUUCUAGUGGAAGUAUUGGGGCUUCGACUUAUCAGUUAGCAGCUACAUCUCUUUCAGAAAGCCCUUCAAAUGGAAUAUCAUUAACAGAUGGAUCUACUUCACCAUUAAAAGCUGAUAAUGCCAGAAGGUCCAGGGAAUCAUCAGCUAGUUUAGGUAGCGAGACGAGAUCUAGAGGCAGAGGUAGAAGAACAAAUAACGUUUCACCUACCACGCCGGAGUCAACUACAGACAGGGUUUUUAUAUGGGAUCUGGAUGAAACUAUUAUUAUUUUUCACAGUUUGUUAACUGGUAGUUAUGCCACAAAAUACCAUAAAGAUGCUCAAAAUGUUGUACAGCUAGGUUUUAAAAUGGAAGAAAUGGUCUUUAACCUAGCUGAUACACACUUUUUCUUUAAUGAUAUAGAGGAAUGUGAUCAAGUUCAUAUUGAUGAUGUGUCUUCUGAUGACAAUGGACAAGACUUAACAAACUAUAACUUUAGUACAGAUGGUUUUCAUGCAGCGUCCGCAACGGGCAGUGGCAAUUUAUGUUUAGCAGCUGGUGUCAGAGGAGGAGUGGACUGGACUAGAAAACUAGCCUUCCGAUAUCGAAAAAUAAAAGAAACAUACAACAACUACAGAAAUAGUGUGGGAGGUCUUCUGGGAUCAAAUAAAAGGGAACAGUGGCUUCAACUGAGACAGGAAAUUGAAGCUGUGACAGAUAACUGGCUCACUUUAGCAAAUAAAUGUUUAACUUUAAUUAAUUCAAGAAGUAAUUGUGUAAAUGUGUUAGUUACUACUACCCAGCUCAUUCCAGCAUUAGCAAAAGUAUUAUUAUUUGGUUUAGGAAAUGUUUUUCCCAUAGAUAACAUCUAUUCUGCAACAAAAAUAGGAAAAGAAAGUUGUUUUGAAAGAAUCAUCACUCGUUUCGGUAGAAAAUGUACCUACGUGGUUAUUGGUGAUGGACAGGAUGAAGAGGCAGCUGCAAAGACUUUAAACUUUCCUUUUUGGAGAAUAACAAGCCACAGUGAGAUAGCGGCAUUAUACAAUGCUCUAGACAUGGACUUUUUAUGAUGUGUUUAUUCUUUUAAGUUAUACCCAUGUAAAAAAUGUACAAUUACUUGUAUAGAUUAUAUAUAGCAAGAUUCUGUGAACAAUCUCAAAAAAAGUAUUGUUUUAAGAUGUUUACUUGUAUAUUUGAAGUUAUUUUAAUAAAGAAAAGUAUUAGUCUUUUA